UUGUAUAAACCUGCUGUUGUCAAAUGUUGAUCAUAACCAACAAAGUUAUGCCGAAGUCAUUGAUCAACACGGGUUUUUUGAUUAUUUCACACAAUUGACAAAUUUAAAAUGUUUAAGAAUUUAGUAACACUUGUGACUGGUGGAGCAUCAGGUCUUGGCAAAGCAACGGUCACCCGAUUCGUUAACAAAGGCUCAAAAGUGGUGUUUUGUGAUUUACCAACAUCAAAUGGUGCGAACGUAGCGAAAGAAUUGGGUGAAAAUGCACAUUACAUACCAGCCGAUGUAACUUCAGAAGAAGACGUACAACGUGUGCUAUCGGAAAUUUCGAAAAAUUAUGGUAAACUAAAUGUACUAGUUAAUUGUGCCGGCCUAAUGAAUGCCUAUAUCACAUACAAUUUUCAUUCAAAAAAGCCAAGACAUCAUGAGGAUUUUAUAAAAAUAUUGAAGACAAAUGUUGUUGGAACUUUUAAUGUGUCACGAUUGGCCUGUGGAUUAAUUGGUAAAAAUACGCCGGACAAUGAUGGAUUACGGGGUGUGAUUAUAAAUACUGCGGGCAUUGAAGCAUUUGAUGGAGUUCAAGGCCAAAUUGCUACUGCAGCAGCAUCAGGGGCAAUCCACAGUUUAACAAAACCGAUGGCGGCUGAUUUCAAAGACAUUGGCAUUCGUGUGGUGGCGAUUGCACCUGGCAUUAUUGAAACACCACUGAACGAUCAAAUUCCAAGCGAGCAGGUGGAGGCUAUUGUAAAAGAAUGUAUUCCAACACCAAAUCGAUUUGGUCAUCCAGACGAAUUUGCACAAUUAGUACAAACAAUUGUCGCUAAUCCAUACAUUAAUGCCACUACAAUUGAAUUAUCUGCUGGACUUAAUUUGCAAUUUUAAUUUGUAUACAAAUACAGUGAAUCUAAUUUUUUUGAUAGACAAAAUAACAAGCAAAGUAAGCAGAGAAACUCUCCACUAACAUAGGAUUCAUAUACGAAUGGCGUGUGAGUGGAGUGUGUCAUGCAAAAUUUUGUCUACCAAAAAUAUUAGAUUCACUGUAUGUUAGACCGAAUAAAUUAGGAGAAAAAAAUCGUUGCAUUUAUUAUUCAUAAAUCAUCGUUUUUUUUUUUUGGAUACAAAAUUCUAUAAAUUAAUGUAAUAUUUCGAUGUUGUACAAACCUAAAAUGGCUAUACCAUCAGUGACGGCCCGUCACCGAUCAACUCUAGUUUGGUCAGUAUAUCGACUGGCACAUAUUGAUCCUGGUAUCUGCAGUACUAAAAAUGAAAAAUCAAAAUUGAAUUAUAAAAUAACACCGAAUUGAAUUUUA